GGAGACCAGAUAUAGUGAAUGCAGGGUCCGGGGAGACCAGAUAUCGGGAAUGCAGGGUCCUGGGAGACCGAAUAUAUAGUAAAUGCAGGGUCCGGGGAGACCAGAUAUAGUGAAUGCAGGGUCCUGGGAGACCGAAUUUAGUAAAUGCAGGGUCCUGGGAGACCGAAUAUAGUAAAUGCAGGGUCAUGGGAGACCAGAUAUAGUGAAUUCAGGGUCCAGGGAGAUCAGAUAUAGUGAAUGCAGAGUUCUAGAUUUAGUAACUGAUUAUAAAGUACUGACAAUGCUACUGUCCAAAAGGUGCUCUGUG